AUGUCCAACAACAUUGCAAGUACUUCUACGAGUGCUCCUACAGCUGGUCUUUCGACAGUUGAAAUUAAUGAAUGGAGUCGAAAUAGGGUUAAGGAAUUUUUGCAAGAAAGGAGAGCUGAAUUAGAUCUUGAGGACGAAGAUAUCAAUAUAAUAUAUAAUCAGAGAGUCAGGGGUGACAUCUUCCUUAAAUUAACCGAAGUAACUCUUGAAAGGUGGGGAAUACCAGGUGGACCGGCUAUAGCAAUCACAGAAUUGGUUAAACAAGUUAAAGGAGCUGGCAUUUUAAAAUCAAACACCGGACUUGUGUCUGUUUUUGUGGACAAUUCCAACUUGUUUAUCGAAGGAAAAAAUUCCUUUUACCUUAACCAGCUUCACAUUGAUCAUGGUCAUCUUCUAUCAACAAUAUUGAAAAGACAGCAAAUGGGUAGCAAUCCAAUUAUUGUUGGCUCUCGUCCACUACCAAACGAUUCACUAUGGAAGCAAAUCCGAAAUCAAGGUUAUGAUGUAGUUGUUUACAACCGAAAUAUCGAAAACAAAGAAAAAAAAGUAGAUAUGGCUCUCGGGGUUUCGAUAAUGAAUGUCAUCUGGUUUAAUAAUCCUGGUGUACUCAUUCUAAUAGCUGGUGAUGGGGAUUAUGAGCCUGUAAUAAAUGAGGCUCUAAAACACAAGUGGAAAGUUGAAAUUUGGUUUUGGUCAUCAGCUGCUCAACACUUACAUGAUCUAGAUAUUCAAGAACAAGUGAUUAUGGCACAUAUAGGUCAUAAAAGUGUUCAAGGAAUCCGUAUUUACAAAAAAGUCAACAAAGAACAACAACUUAAUACAGUAAAUGCUUUGAUUAAUAUUACUGAUAGG